AUGAGUGUUACUCUGCAUGAUCAGGGGACUGAGGAUGGACGUUUUAGUGUGUCAUUUAAGAGGGUGGAUGACUACAUCAUGGCAGAGAGCCUCCGCUACAUUCCACGCAGUGUUGUGGACACGUGGGCCCAGCGUGAGUACCUUGUGGUGUUUGGCAUCCCGUCGGUAGACCUUGAGGCACGGCGGAGGCGGCGCUACCUGCAGCGGACCACGUGCUGGCGCUUCCCCGGUGUUGCCACGAAGUCAAACAACUUCACUGGUGAGAUGCUGGUGCUGUAUGUGCUUGCACGCCACCCGUCUCACGGCUAUAACUACUCUGCUGGAGUUCAGGAGGAGGCAUCGGAGUGGCAUGAUCUGCUCACGUUGUACCUUGGCGAGGGAAGAGUGACAACAAAUAAAACAGUUGGAGGUCAUGGUUUUUGGGGCAUUGAGGCUGAGGUUGGCAUGAGCCGCAAGACGUUCAUGUGGUUCCACCAUGCUGUCCAACUGUUCCCCAACGCUAGUUAUCUGGCAAAGGGCGACGACGAUAUGUUUUUGCGUGUGCCGCAGUACCUUGCUGACCUGCGCACCCUUCCCCGCCAUGGGCUGUAUUGGGGUCUGCUUAGGGAAAAGAGAGGAUUUCGAGAAGGUGGCCGUGUUCUAUUUCGUUAUAUUACUGGGUUUUGCGCGACUCUUGGGAGGGAUGUUGCGGAACAUGUUGUGUCGUACGAGCCGCUGCGACGUACUGUCUAUCGUCCACAGAAUGCUGAUCCUAUGCAGUUUUAUUACCUUACUAUGGAUCACGAAGAUAUGAUGGUGGGGCGUGCAUUGUAUGACAUGCAAUAUCCAGUUGUUUUUGCGCGUGAACAAACCUGCAGCUUUCACGAUUUACAUGAAGGGUUCCAGGUGGAACCCUUGACUUCUAACUCUGUGGUGAUCCAUCACCUAUGGGAGAGUGAGUAUGCUGAGAUGAUGGAGCGGUUUGGAAACGAUACUUCUCCCUCCCCCCGCAAGUUUAGGCGCCCCAGCAGAUGCUUCAUUGGAUUUCCUUGUAAUACGUAA